GAUUAAUUCGUGAAAAAAAAAAAAUCUCCGGGUUGGAGUGACGAAGCCUGAACAGGAGCGUGCAGGCGUCAGUCAACUCUGAAAAGUCUUGGCGGGUCGACGCACUGUUGGUUGCUCGUCAAUGUUUGGAAUUUUCGUCUUGUGAAUUAUUCAAGAUCUGACGUUUUUAUGACAAGAGACGCCGCGUGGAACCUCUUGUGAAAUUGCAAGACAGCUACAACGAGAGAUAGAUUCUACGUGAUUCGCCAGCCAACCUAUGAAAAAGGAAUCAAGGGAGACGCCGACGCUGACUCCAUCAGAUUUUAAUGUCCACUCGAGAAAAGCUGUAUCAAUCAUCUUCCAACAUGAAUAACAUGAGCUAAAACGACUUUGCGUAUAUGCACGUUUACCUAUGAAUCCGACCCUCAAUGCUCAAGCUCCACCGCCCAUAUCCGCCCAUACUUGGAACAAAACGCCCAUAAAAUCACGAAAAAGACUCGCGUUUUACUUUUACAUUCAGGACGAUUAAGGUCUCCAAAUUUUCCUCGCUUCCUGAAGUUAAACAUUUCCACCAUGAGGUCGAAGAUUUAUUUAAUGGGGAUCCUCGCCGUGGUGGUCUGUUUAAUCGUUAUCGCCGUCCAUACACCAAAGAUUCAACAUUUUCUAACAAGAAUGGCACCAUCCACUAAGCCAGUGAGAGGCUUAGGAGGCCCGGCGAAGCCUUGCGUCCGUCAGAAUUCAGUGUACUUCCUCAAGGUCCCGAAGUGCGCGUCCACGACUAGCUUACAGAUCUUCGUCGCAUAUGGGGUCAAGUACGGGCUGACCUUCGCUCUGCCUGUCCACGUUGGACCGAAACCUAUAUCUCCAAAGAUUUUAGCGCCAGAGUACCAUGGAUCCCCUGACGGUCGCUACAACAUGGUAGUGUCCCACAUUCAGUUCAGUAAGGCAGGAGCAAAGCAGGUGAUGAAAAAAUCAGCCAAAUAUGUCGCAAUAGUACGGGAACCAGCUGCUCGCUUUGAGUCCAUGUGGUAUUUCGCACAAUAUGAAAAGAAACUUGGCAUCAACCUUACGACUUUCAUCAACGCAUCGCAUCGUACAUAUAAGCAAAAUGGUAGACUCAAUAUAAUUGCGAAUUAUUUUGGAGUCAAAGAUCCCCGCGAUGACGUACCAGAAGGUGAAGUACUUAGCAAGGCGAGAUGGCUCAAUGAGACCUUCAACUUGGUGAUGGUUGCCGAGAGGUUCGACGAGUCGCUGGUCCUCCUGAAGCACCUCAUGUGCUGGAACACCGAGGACGUCGCCUACGUCGAGGCCAGGGUUCGGAGGCCCACUUACAGGACCGAACUCUCGGAGGCGCAGAAGGACAGGCUUCGGCAGCUGAACAGGCAGGAUGUCAUUCUGUACAAGUUCUUCAGGGAAAUUUUCGAGGAGAAAGUCAAGGCCUUCGGCGAGGAGAGGAUGCAGAGAGAGGUCGAGGAACUUCGCCAAGCGAACGCUCGACUCAUCGACGACUGUGGAGCUAAACUCACAGGGUCAAGGGGGACUGUGAAAACUUGGGAAGUAAUCAACAACUCAAGUAUUUGUAUAAUGAUUACACUAGAUGGAGCUGUUAUCCAAGAGCAACUGAAGAAAAGGCAAAAGAUGUGGGUAGCAAGCAAUUUGACUUUCGACCUGUCAACGUGGACAUUUACCUAAAUGAACGAUGAAGUUCGGAAAUUUGAAAUAUAUGAGUCAAGACAAACUAAAUGAAUUUUAUAUAUGAAUUUUAUUUUGAUUUUGCCCCCUCUCUCUAUUUCCUCAUUUGCAAGAAGUUGGUUUUAAGUAUUUGUUCAGGUCUCACGUUAUCAAACUAAUGUAAGAUGUGAAAGUAUGUUCAGCUCACUGUCCAAUUUAUAAUAUGAAUUUUAAUAUAUACAGAAAUAAUAAACAAAAUAUGUUGUAAUGCCAGAUUUAGUUAUCAUUUUAAGGAUGAUAUUCAAGACCUUAUAGAAACAAUCAAAAUAUAAGGAUGAAUCCGUAUUCAAACAAUUUCAAUGACAAAAAAAAUGUUACUGCAUUAUUAUUAUUGUGAUGAUAAAGACGAGGAAGAGUAGG